AAAAGCUUGUAAUUGUACAAUUCUUGAUGACACAAACAGGCACUUUUCCCUAAAUACUCUCUCUCUUUCUCCUUGUGUUUUCCUUCGUUUUCUUUCAUUUUCUUGCAUUUUCUUUGCUUCUUUUUUUCUUUCAAAAACUGAGGGAGAAGGUCUUCGUAGAUAUCUCUACAGCCCCACCAAAUUCGACCUCAUCCUCCACAAGCGGAAGUGAAAUUUGAUUUAUUUGAAAAGGUGAAUGCAUUUCAUGGUAUGCGUUGGUGGGUUGGAGUGAUUACCAAAGUUCUUACAGGUGGAAGUUAUAUUGUCAAUUUUAUGCGUGGAAAGAAGGUGAAGGAAUUCAAUCAGUCAGAACUGAGACCACACAAUGGACAAUAAAAUACAAAAUCAAUGAAUGUGAUAUUCGGUCCAGAUUGUAAACUGCAGUAUCUGCAUGCAUGCAGCAGCAUCAAAAACUCCAUGGUAGCUACACAAUGGAAGUUCAGGUGCUAGAAUGGAAAACAAGGAAGAAGAAACAUCUUGUUCCACCAACAAAGGAGACUAUCAAAAGGAGCAGAACAAGAAGCUGGAACAGUAGGAAAGCUACCAUCUGUAUCUCAAGAAAAGAGGGGAAGACUGCUAAUGCCAAGAUCUGAAUUUCUAGGCAUAUCGACUAGGACAUUUAAAAGGAGGGUUAUGUCACCAAAAUCUCAAUCUAAAAAUGUGGAAUGAUUAGUAAAAGGCAGUGUCAUGUAGGAUUUAUGCAGUAUUUUUUUAAAUAAUCUAAAAAUAUCGUUAAAUUUUAACUGGUAAUAGAAGAAAACUACUCUGGCAUUUUAGUGUCAAACACCGAGGCAUUAACUGUCUCAGAUGCUGAAGAGUCUUCUUUGCUUCCUAAUGAGAAUGAUGUUGGAGUAAGUAAUGAAGAACAAGGAAAGGGAGACGAAGAUAAAUUACUAUUGCAAAUGGGCAAGCUACAUCAGUAGGUGAGCAACAAAAUGGAGCCGGCGUUGUUGCUGUGGAUUGCAUUACCAAUAAAGUUGAAUUGCCUAUGACUUCACAGGUUGGAAAUUGUCGAACUGAUAUAUCUGAAAUGACUGUGGGAGUUCCAGGCUCUGAAGAUGUAUUGAGAGAUGGAACAGCUCUAGUCACUGCAACAGAUUGCUUGCCAGAAGAAGUUAUGAUGGCUGUGGAUGGAAUAUCUAGCAAUGGUGUUUCUGAUUAUCAACCUUUGUCGGUGCCUAUCAAUGAAAUUCAUUCUAUGGAAAAUGUCAAUGACUCAGGUUCCACAGGUGACAUUGAGCAAAACAACAGUCUGUCAUUGGCUUUCGUGAAAACAUUUUCAGUUUGGCAACGAAUUGAAUCAAUGGAAGAAUUCAGAAAAUUGCCUCAGAAUCCCAAUUUUCAGCCUUCAGUGAAGUCGAAAGAGGUAUAUCGGGAAGGAUUAGCUGUUGGCAAUAUGUUAGCCUUUGUUUCUUUGGUUGAGAUGAUUAGAAAGUUGGAAAUAGGUGCUCCUGGGGAAUUCUUCAAUUACGCUACUGAAACACUUGUUGAAAUGGAAAUCGUGGGAUUCAAUGUUGAGGCAUUGCGAGGUCACUUGACUGAGCUGCAGCAAGUUCAAGUUAAGACAACUUCAUGAUGACUCAGAAGUGGUCAAAACUAAGAUCAUUGAGUCCACUAAUGAGAAGUACAAAACUAAUGAAGAAGUUGGUGAGCUUCCCAAGAGAUGAAGUUGUAAGAGAAAAAGGCAAGGCUAAUUACUAAGAUUGUGGCCAUUAGCACUGAGAUAGAUAUGUUGCAAUCAGCAGAUUCUGUUAUUAUCAAAGACAUACUAAGAAUGAAGCAAAAUUUCCUUGUUCUCCGUCGAUUUUGAAUAUUAUGUAAUUAGUUUUGUAUUUUUGAGGCUUCUUGGUGACAGACCAUGGAAUUUGCAAUAUAUAUAUUUUUGGCUUCAUAGCUCUUCAUUUGAACUGGUUUUGUGAAUCUUUAUAGAGAUAUAUAUCAUGAUUGCUACUUACGUUAUCUAAAUAUAAUAAU